CGAACACCGUGCUGGUACUGUAAUACAUCUCACCACCAAACCCUUUCACCCUGUUUCGAACGACACCUCGCAAAAUUCUCAAGACGUAGCAGCGACACAGUCAUGGCGCAACCAACUAGUUCCAAAAGUUUCAAGAAGAAGAAGAAGAAUACCAGAGCGCCUAUGCCCUUGGUCAAGGGAACAACGGCCGCCUCUCUCGCAAAGAAGCGGGCUGCUGCCGAUCGCGAAGAGGCUUCCGGUACCUCCAGGUUGUCUUCUGCUAGUCGCAAACGGAAACGAAAAGACCGCGCCUCAGAGAACAACGGCAAUGGCAACAACAACAAAAACGUCUUUUCCAGCACUGCCGAAUCUCUUGCAGUGAUCUCCGAAUACCACACCCUAAACAAACGGCUGGAACAGGCCGAAAACGACGAGAGUCUUACGCCGGAAGAACGUCAAAAAAUAAUUCUCGAUCUCAAGAAACAACAGGAUGCCAUGGGUGGUCUUGAUCGCUACCAAAAGGCCAGCAUAUACGGAGCCAAGUCUUCCAAGUUUGUUUGCGCCGAUUGGGUUGUCCCUCUUCUGAAGAAGGAACUCGAGAAGGAAGAAGAAGAAGAACGACACGCUGGAGCAAAAACGAUGACCGCUAAAAGCCAAUCGGACAAACAAUCAGAAUCAAACCCCCGCCGGCUGCGCAUUCUGGACGUGGGUGCCAUCGACAACCAGUACUUUGGGAAAGGAUACGACGAUUGGCUCGAUGCCGUGCCCAUCGAUUUGCACGGUGGACAGCACGAUACCGUAUUACAAGUCGACUUCUUUGACUACGCACAUGAAUAUUGUGCCGGAAAGGAUCUAGCUGUAGCAAAAAAAGAAGAAGGCAAAACGAAAAAGCAAAAUAAUGCAAAAGUCCAUCGAGAUGCAUCUUCCGUGUCGCCUUCGCCCCCUCAACCCUUCGAUGCUAUUGUCAUGUCGCUCGUCUUGAAUUUUCAAGGCGACCCGAGAAAGCGGGGGGAUAUGCUUGCCCUGGCUUCCGAUUCAAGGCUUUUAAAAUCUUCUUCGGGCGACAACCAUGGCUCCAGCAGCAAUAGAACUAGAAAGGGGGGCGGGAUGCUAUUCGUAGUCUUGCCAUCGGCCUCACUGGACAAUUCCAGGUAUUGCGACCUCGAACGCUUCAUCGAAGUGACCACAAACCCACUGUUUCAGUUGGAAUUGGUCGAGAAAAAACGGUCUUCGAAACUGAUUCUUCUAGCUUUUCGACGAACUACCAAGGCGUCGCGGCAGCAAAAACUAGACGACGAACAAGACGCGGCCAAUCAGUACGGCGAACAACAAAAAUCCAACGGGAAGAAACAGAAGAGGGAUCAGAACGCACAUUGUUACGACGUUGACAAAAAGAUGUUUGACUAUGGAAAUCAUGAAAUGAAGCGAUUGCAACCGCCCAAGCCCGGUGCGAAGCGAAACAAUUUUGCAGUCAUUCUAAAGAGCUGUCACAACCGAACCUCCAAUAAGUAGCCCUUCCCUUUAUAUAAUAUCGCAUCGAUUUUUUCAAAUGCAUCGGGGAGAAACCCAAUUGCAAUAUUUCACGAAAUGGUGAUGAUUAUAUGUUGCUGUUGAUGAUAUAAUUGGUGACUGAACCGGUACUAUGGUUUUGAGAGGGUUUGAGUGAGAUGAUUCUCAAGGUUCGUGGUAUGGAUGUACCGCACCGAACUGUACGAUCUACAAUCUACAGACCGCUACUGGUACUUACUAAUAACCUUUACCCGUACUU